AUGUAUGUCGUCUAUAAAAUAUUGUUGUUGGGUAAAGUGUGUUCAUUGAUGAGAACAUCCAUAGAGAUGUGUUAAUGACACACAUGCUAGCUAGGUUAGCUUAGCUUAAAGCUACCUUACUUUCUGUGGUUACCUAGGCAGGAGUCAAAGGAAGUCUCAGAGGAAAAUAUGCUGGAGCAGAUGAACACAGAUGGCGUGCGAGGAAAAGCAGAGCCUUGCAGGUGGCACUCGGACCAGGAUCCUGGUGUAAAGAGCAGAAACACUGAAUACACGAUAGAACAACUGGAGAUGGAAUCCAUGGUGAUGAAGGAGCAAAAUAAGGAACUGACCGCAGAAGUUCAGAGCCUCCAGGAGCAAAAAGAGAAGGACAAGAUACGCUUGAAUACGUUCAGUCUUGCUCUUCAAAAUCUUGAGUAUGGAAUAGAAGCAGCCCAGAUAGGACUGCAGCAAAGGGAUGAGGUUAUUGAACAGAACAAGCUGCAGUUAAAGCAAGCAGAGGAAACAGUAGAGGAGUACGCUAAUAUCAUCAAGGAUCUCCGGCUGACCAACCAGGAGCUGAAGAGUCAGUUGGAGGACAGAGAGGAUGAGGCAUCACUCGACACACUCAACGACUUGUUGGGCGACAAGGAGGCGUCACAUGUCCCCGCCAUGUCUCUGGCAGAGGAGAUCAGGCUUCUGGCCUCCACAGCGGGCAUGAAAAGCAUGUUGGUACCCUCCAAGGAUUCAAGUCAUGAGGACAGUGAGCCUGAGGAAGCCAGCAGUCUUCUAGUCAAGCCUCCAACCAGCAAGUGGACGCAGGCCAAGACGUCCAGCAGCCACAAAGUGGUAGUGCUCUGCAUGGUGCUGCUCGCGGCCAUUUUGCUCAGCCUGGCUGCAGGGAGCCAUGCAGACUUUGUCUCCAUCAGCGAGCUGUGGAGGAGCUUAUGUCUGACAUUAGAGCCUUACUUUAAUGUGCACUAUGGAGCCUUGCCUCCUGUCUGACCCGAGCAUUUGUCUACCUUCUGUUCAUUGUAUGUCAAGUCCACUUCCUGUCACACUUCAUUUGUAUUGUGUGGGGAAAAUAAUACAUUUUGUUUGUGGCAUUUGGUUUUUUUUUUGUUUUAACACCUCAUCCUCAAGGUAAGAUGCUUUCCAAUUGCAAGCUUCCACAGUCUGCUGGGAUGCCUUGUAGUCUUGUGAAAUGCAACAGUGUCUUCUCCUCCCCACCCUGCAGAGACCCCGAAAGGGACAAGUGGUAAAAAAUGGCUAGAUGGAAGUGCCAGCAACAGUGUCUCCUCCUCCCCGCCCUGCAGCGACCCGAAAGGGACAAGAGGUAAAAAAAUGGCUAGAUGGAAAUGCCAGCAACAGUGUCUCCUCCUCCCUGCCCUCAAGCAUCCCCCACGACCCCGAAAGGGACAAGUGGUAGAAAAUGGCUAGAUGGAAGUGCCAGCAACAGUGUCUCCUCCUCCCCGCCCUGCAGCGACCCCGAAAGGGACAAGUGGUAAAAAAUGGCUAGAUGGAAGUGCCAGCAACAGUGUCUCCUCCUCCCCGCCCUGCAGCGACCCGAAAGGGACAAGAGGUAAAAAAAUGGCUAGAUGGAAAUGCCAGCAACAGUGUCUCCUCCUCCCUGCCCUCAAGCAUCCCCCACGACCCCGAAAGGGACAAGUGGUAGAAAAUGGCUAGAUGGAAGUGCCAGCAACAGUGUCUCCUCCUCCCCGCCCUGCAGCGACCCCGAAAGGGACAAGUGGUAAAAAAUGGCUAGAUGGAAGUGCCAGCAACAGUGUCUCCUCCUCCCCGCCCUGCAGCGACCCCGAAAGGGACAAGUGGUAAAAAAUGGCUAGAUGGAAGUGCCAGCAACAGUGUCUCCUCCUCCCCGCCCUGCAGCGACCCGAAAGGGACAAGAGGUAAAAAAAUGGCUAGAUGGAAAUGCCAGCAACAGUGUCUCCUCCUCCCUGCCCUCAAGCAUCCCCCACGACCCCGAAAGGGACAAGUGGUAGAAAAUGGCUAGAUGGAAGUGCCAGCAACAGUGUCUCCUCCUCCCCGCCCUGCAGCGACCCGAAAGGGACAAGAGGUAAAAAAAUGGCUAGAUGGAAAUGCCAGCAACAGUGUCUCCUCCUCCCUGCCCUCAAGCAUCCCCCACGACCCCGAAAGGGACAAGUGGUAGAAAAUGGCUAGAUGGAAGUGCCAGCAACAGUGUCUCCUCCUCCCCGCCCUGCAGCGACCCCGAAAGGGACAAGUGGUAAAAAAUGGCUAAAUGGAAGUGCCAGCAACAGUGUCUCCUCCUCCCCGCCCUGCAGCGACCCCGAAAGGGACAAGUGGUAAAA